AUGUUUGGUAUUGGAACGAAAACCUUUGAUUCAUCAAUGCCGUCAGUCUAUUUAUUAAUAUUUAUUAUGAUCGCCAACAAAUUUAUUUUUGUGCAUUGCUUUGUCAACACAGACAAUGACGAAUAUCAGAAUCAACUUGAAAAAUUACAACAAGACGCUAUUAAACAAUUAGUAUUAAAAUAUGUAACAAAUCCAGAUCGAUCUUUUUCUCUCUCAGAAAAGUCUCGAUCGGACGACGACUAUUUACAAUCACCAUCGACACCAACAAUACGUCGUCGUUUCUGCUGCAUGAAUCCACUCGGUAGUCGAAAGCGAUCGGUACGAAAUCUCCUACGAAAACAACAACUAUCGAAUGCCAUGAUUGGAUAA